CUAGUCUUAGCCAUAGAAGCAAAAAAGUAGAGGAAUCUGUCGUUUCCACAGAAUACUAGCCGUCAAAACGAAACGCUGGCGUUCUGUGAAAGAUAGCUGUUUAUACAUUUUGGAAGUGAUAGACGAUGUUUCUCACGAGAAGUGAAUACGAUCGGGGCGUGAACACGUUCUCGCCCGAAGGGCGCCUUUUCCAAGUCGAAUACGCCAUAGAAGCCAUUAAAUUGGGGUCGACGGCUAUCGGAAUAUGCACUAGCGAGGGCGUCGUUUUAGCUGUCGAAAAACGGAUCACCUCUCCCCUUAUGGAGCCGACGACCAUCGAAAAAAUCGUCGAGGUGGAUAAGCACAUCGGAUGCGCUGUAUCUGGAUUGAUGGCCGAUUCGAGAACCAUGAUAGACAAGGCUCGUUUGGAAUGUCAGAACCAUUGGUUCGUCUACAACGAGAAAAUGAGCAUCGAGUCGUGCGCGCAGUCCGUUUCGAACCUGGCUAUUCAGUUUGGAGAUUCGGACGACGAUGGUGCCGCCAUGUCAAGACCGUUCGGAGUGGCCAUUUUAUUCGCCGGUAUCGACGAAAAAGGGCCACAGCUUUACCACAUGGACCCCUCGGGGACAUUCGUGCAGUUCGACGCGAAAGCCAUUGGAUCGGGUUCGGAGGGGGCGCAGCAGAGCUUGCAGGAGGUUUACCAUCGCAGCAUGACCCUGGAGGAGGCGACCUCUUCUGCCUUGACCAUCCUGAAGCAGGUCAUGGAGGAAAAGCUCAACUCCUCCAAUGUCGAGGUGAUGACAAUGACGCCUCAAAACUUAUUUCACAUGUUAACUAAAGACCAAGUCGAGGAGGUGCUACGAUUUGCCUGUGCCAUUGAACCUGGCAUUGAAUUACAGACGGGCGAGCUUAGGAAAGUACGCUAACGAGUUUCCUGUUACUGUCUUUCAUGUGUAAUAUUCCAAGUUUUAGAAUAAAAGGUAUUAUCAAAAUC